AGACUACGACCACUACAUCGAGGCCGAGCUCCACGGCAAGCUGAACGGCAAGUGCGAGGAGCGGUACAGCAAGUGCAAGAUCUCCCCCUUCGACCUCAUCCCGAACGCCAUCCACACUGUGGCGUAGCGAGGCCGUCGUCGCUCGGUCUAUCCCUCGUCGGCCAGGACACGGAACGGAGACAGGAGUGCGCGGGGACUCACUACUAUUUAUUCCAUUGCAUCAUUAUGUAUUUAUUCUAUAGACCGGAUGCUUCCUCGACGCAGGGAGGAGGAGAUGAGUGGCUGGACUCCGACAUGUUCUCAACUGAUGGCAUUUUAUACUGUGGCAUAUGUGAAUGUGUAGCACCAAGCUAUUUUCAGUCAUACACAUCAGACAGGACAGCAUUUUUACGGUCCUUCUGGAGACUAAGCUCAUUAUUUUUUAAUCAAUCAAAAUACACAUUGAAUAUAGUGUUGUUGACCGCUAUUUCACCAAUGCUGUCCUUCCACAUGACAGUACUUUCACGUUGUUCGAUGCGUGGUUUUUAAAAGGUCACGUGGCAUUCAUAGUGCAUUACCAUUCAACAAUUCAAUUUCAUAGUUCGGAACAUAAAUCAGCGGGCAAUGUCCUGCCCUUUUUGUAAUGACAGGACAUCGACAACUUCCAAGGACUCGACAUUUCCUUCUACCUCUAACCAAAGGAUAGGUACAGACAGA